AUGGCUGCGCGAGCCCAAAGGAGAAAUGGGUUUCUUGACAUGACAGGCAUAGAAGCAAUGGCCUGGAAUCAGGCCAAACAAGACGAUACCUUCAAUAUUGGGGUGAUCGAACAACACAGCAAGGUUAGACUUCAUCUUACACGAACCUCCCCGUGGUAUGGUUUCCGAAUGAUUCCGACUAAUGUUCGUAUCGCAUAUUUCAGUGAAAAGCUUAGGCCGGACGAUACGCGUACUUACAACGAGGAAAAGAUCUCACGCUAUAGUGACACCAUUUUGGCAGCUCUAUCCGCUGCACUGCCGACUCUUGCAACCCUCGUCUUGUACUUCGUGCAGAACAUGCUGCAUAGAAUAGGACUUGUCAUUGUCCUUACCAUGAUUUUCUCAUUCCUGUUUGCACUACUUACUAGGGCAAAGAUGGCUGAAAUCUUCGCGGCAGCGGCUGCCUUUGGGCUGUGGAGUCCUAGGACGUCCAUCCGGCUGCGGGUAUUAGAGAUCGAAGUGAUAGAUUCGAGGAAGUUCAUUUUCUGUCUUUACAGCAAUGAACCCUCUAUUUCUCGGAACUGGUGCAAAAAUGUGUCCUACCGAAUACGGGACAUUAAAUGGAACGCGCUGGCACUCUUCAUUAACUUCAUGCGUAUUGUUGGGGGCGGUUCAUCGAGGGGUUCAUUCGUGUUCGGGGAGUUUCUGCCUCCCCGCGGCAUCCACGCUCCCUCUCGCGAUCUAUUGAACUUCAAACAACCUGUAUUGAUACGCAGUCUCGCGUUCGAAGUGUCUGAUUCACAUGUUACCCACGGGGUGAAGUUGAAUCAUUCAUCUCGGCCAAAUUUCCUCUCAAUCAAGCCAUUUACCAACAUGACCAUCCAGCGCAGAUGUAACUGCAAUGGAGGAUUUACCGGCAGCGAUACCGAGCAGAAGGACCAUGAUCACCCACUAAUGAUCGAUCAGCAAGAUAAGCACUUGAUGCAGCAGAUCACAAAGCCCAAUAUCAUGCCACCCCAGAUUCCUCAACAUUCUCGAAGCGACCGAUCGACAAGAAUAGCGCAUCAUCCCAUCUUUCCUCGAAACGGCCCCCAGAAGCGACACACUCUCCACACAGACUCGCACAGGCAGAGGCAAGAGACAAACUUGCAGAAAAUCUCCAUCAGCACUACGUGGGCGGCCCCUAUAACGUCUGAAGCAAGAAACUUAAGAUCAGCCCCCAGACUUCCCAUCUUGCGCCCGCCGCAGUGGAAACACGGCACAGACGCACCAGCAGUCAUCGGUAAUUUACGUUCCCAAUUACGCGAGCCGAUGACAGAACCGCAUCUCCGCUUUCUUCUCAAGGCCCCGGUACGGUGGUGGGUCGACCCCGGGACCGUGUACUUCACCCUCAAGGUCCUCGCAUUUGCGGCUUUUAUUCAUAGGCUCGCAGAUCCGUAUCAUAAAAUGUUCCACAUAACCUAUACUCAACCGUCUACUAUGGCGUCUUGUGUCGAACCGAAAGAAUCCGAUCAUCAAUGCAAAUUCUUUUUCGUUCUCUUUCCGAGUCCGAUUUCUUCGGACUAUGUGAUGCGUGUGAUGUGUGGCUGGAUACUGAAUGCAACCAUCGUUGGUGCCGAAUUCUUUGGAUAUCUGGUUCUGUCCAAAAGUUACAUUGACGAGCGCACCACCCGAACUCCAAGACAUGUCAAGAGAGACGCGCCAAGUCAAACUUUCAACGGCUUUUCUUUGGACCUCCAAGCCCAGUGA